AUGAGCGUUUCGAAAGCGACAGCGGGUGCGCUGUGCCUCUCUACAUUCACUUUACUCAUAUCCCUCUAUGCCAUCUAUAAUAUUUAUACGGAUGUUCGCGGUAUUUGGAUGCAGCUCGAUGAGCAGAUGGUAGAGUUCAAGGUGCAAACUGAUGAUAUCUGGACGCAAAUGCUCGGACUUGGUGCUGCCACCCCAGCAACUCGUCAGAGACGUCAAGGCAAGGACCAGUACGGAGCCUACGAAGCGCAAGGAGUUAACGCUGGACCAGUUUGUGCUUGCUUCCAAAGCAGCGCAAGUGGUAGUCGUGGCGGAGGCGGAGGAAGUGGUGGUAGUGGAGGAAGUGGUAGCAGUUCAGCUAGCUUCGAGGACGAAUACGGCACCGGUGGAUGUCCACGUGGCCCAGCUGGACCACAAGGCUCUCCUGGUUUGGACGGUGUACCUGGUCACGACGGCAUAGAUGGCUUCCCGGGUGAGGACGCUGACGAUUGGCAGAACGCGCCGUUCAAUGGCUGCGUCCAAUGUCCUCCGGGAAAGCCGGGUGCGGCGGGCGAGCGCGGUAAACCGGGCGUCCGCGGUAUGCGCGGCCAGAGAGGGACGCCGGGAAUGCCGGGCAACGACGGAAACCCAGGCAGCCCCGGAGAAAUGGGACCACCAGGACCGCCAGGUGAGGAUGGACAUCCCGGACCCAACGGAGAAAAGGGCCAAGACGCUGAGCAGGUUGUCCCUCGCAAAGGACCACGUGGACCAACAGGAGAGAGCGGUGAACCGGGCCCUGUCGGCGACCCUGGAAAAGAAGGUCCAGUCGGGGAGGCUGGCCCACCAGGACCGGAUGGCACGCCUGGGUUCCAAGGUGCGGGUGGGCGCCCGGGCGAAGAAGGAUCGCAAGGACAAGCAGGAAACGUGGGCGCCGACGCUACAUACUGCCCCUGCCCCCCGAGAGACCAAAAGAAGCAGGAACAAUUCUCAGCGCCAGCUUCUCAAGGAGCGGCAGCUCCCGCCUCCGAGUAUUCUGCGGGGACAGGAGGAUACACUGGAGGAGUCGGACACGCUGCUUCUCACUAUGGACGGUAA